UCACUAAAAGGAAGAAUAACAAUGAAGAACGAAGACUAGCGAAAUUCAGUAUUAUUGUUUUGGCUAGAGAUCAGCAAAGGGGUAAGCCAUGUGGGAGCAGCCGAACUUCAUCAUCGACCUCAUCGACCACACGUACAAGUCGGAGGGGCCCACCAACCUGAGCACGAAUCCCAGCGCCGGGAGCUCCGAGGGCGGAGUGGGCUACGUGGAGAAGGAGUCGCUGACGCCGGAGCUGAACUUCCACAACACCAUCUUCCAGUUCGUGGACAAGGCGUCGCCGGAGAACGAUGUGGUGCCCAGCCACCACCAGCAGGACGCCCAGCCCACCUUUCCGGCCCUGGCCAUCGAGCCCACCGUGCCCAUCGACGUCGCCGCGGGCCUCCACGAGGAGGAGGACCUGCUCUACGCCCACAACAACGCGUCCUGCAAUGCGAACGCCCGCAAGGUGCUGCCCCACAAGAAGCGCAUCUCGCGGAAGCUCAAGGGCAACAUAGAGGCCGACCUGGAGCACCACCACCAGCACAAGCACGCCCAGGACGUGGCUCCCUCGUACUCCUGCGAGAUCUGCGGCUACGCGGUCCACACCCAGCUGGACUUCUUCGCCCACCUCAAGCAGCACUACGAACCCACCGCUCUGGAGCAGCGCCUGGUCGUCCAGGAUCCCCAGCAGCAGCAGCAGCAGAAGGAGCCGCUGGACAUGUGCGGACUGUCUGCCCAGGAUAAGCUGCAACAGGAGCAGGCCAAACUGGACCAGGUCUUCCACGACGUGCAGCUGAACUUCGAGAACUUCCACAACAUCACCCACCAUGUGGACGCUGUGGCCAACGUGGGUGUCAACAUGGACAAGCUGAGUCCCGUGGUGGUCAACAGCAACAGCACACCGAAUUCCGGGCCCGUGGUCGACGACGUGGAGUUCAGCGACACGGAGGACAUGCUCGAGGGUAUUCGGAAUGUGGUGGACAAGGUCUCGAUAGAGGACACCUGCGACGAGCUGGUGGACCUGGAACUAACCUCCAGCGGGAUGACGGCGCCCUGGUUCAACAACAACUUCAGGGACAUCACAUUUCCGGCUCUCCUGCUGCCGGGAGAACCGCCGCCAGCCCCUGCAGAGCAGGCCACGCCGCUGCUGAAGGAGAAUCCCCAUGAAAGCGAGCACUUGGCCCUGGACUUCCUCAGUCCCGAAAAGGAAGAAGCUCAGAUUGAUGCAAAAAUGGAGAAAUCUCUGUCGAAGGCGGGCGAAUCAAAUGAGCAGCAAACCCUGUUGGUUGCCCCAGCAGCCUGCCAGACGCCACCGCCUCAGUCUGCUCCUCCACCCAAUUCCUCCAUCGAGCAGCUGCGCCGAUCUCCCCUGGAGAUAAAUGAAGCCUUCAAACUGGAGGAGGACGAUAUGACGGACAGCCGACCAGCCUCGCCCUUCGAAGAUGCAGACGCCGAGGGUGGGGAGAGCUUCUCGGCGGAGGGACUGGACACGAGCCUAGCCGAGGAGACGCUGGCCAAGGCGAGGAGGAAACACUUCUGCGACAAGUGCAACCGGGACUUCAACUCGUACAACGCCCUCAAGUACCAUCAGUACACGCACAACCAGCAGAGAUCCCACAAGUGCGACAGCUGCGAGAGAUCCUUCUACACACAGAGUGCCCUGAAGGCGCACGAAAGGACGCAUUCCAGCGUAAAGCCCUUCAAGUGCGAGAAGUGCGACUUUAAGUUCCGGCAGUGGGGCGACCUUAAGUACCACAUCAUAUCGCGCCACAGCGACAUCAAAGCCCACAUGUGCGAGUUCUGCGGCAAGAGUUUCUCUCGGAGGUACUCCCUGGUCUUGCACCGCAGGAUCCACACCAGGGAACUGAACUACGCCUGCCAGCACUGCGACAAAACCUUCCGGGCCAGCUCGUACCUGCUCAGCCACAUUAAAGUGCACACUGGGGAGCGGCCGUACGAGUGCUCCAUCUGCGAGAAGAAGUUCCGGGUCUCGGGCGACCUCAAGCGGCACUCACGGAUCCACGACCCGGGCAGAGCCAGUCAAGGACCUGCGGAGAAGGUCAGAAAGAGGAAGGCGGCUGCCAACAACGCUCCAGUGCCAGUCGAGGGGGAGCCCAAGGCGGCCACCAACACCCAACACAAUAAGUCUGACGCCAUGCGCGACCCAACCGGGCAGGAAGUCCUGGGCUUAUAGCCAUGCUGUGCCAAGGUUUCAUCAAAGUAAGAUAGUUAAGAUAGUUAGUUCUCCGUUGUACGCAUUUUGUACGAUCCGCGAGUGUAAAUAGGAACUCGGAACUAGUGGGUAGGAGGCAGGAGCUACACGCUUGUGUUUGUAAAGCUAAGAAGGGAUCGUAGUUGCGCCCCAAGCUUAGGGGUAAUAAACCUGUGAAUUCAAAGGGUUGUGCGGAUGGAAUCAUUUUCAAA